AAUUGACACAUCACAUAACCCAGCAUCAGAUUAUGCUCGAUUAUCCUCGCCAAAAAUUGCCUACUCUUUUGCACUUUUGCUUUUGCGGUGUGUUAGAAUUAAGUGGCAUGCAGACGUUAAUUAAAAUUGACGACAAAAAUUGUCUUGCCUCGACUGGAUUCUUAUCGAUAUGACAAAACCUUAUCGAUAUGGCAAAUUCGUAUCCAUAAUCGAUAUGCUAUCGAUAAACCCUCCUCUCGUAUUUCUUAUUUCUUUUAAUGUAAUGUAAUGUAAAUAGCAAAUACAACAACAAAGGGAAGCUGGAAGAGAUUUGAUUUGUGCCUGUAGCACUGCUUUUGGUUUGUGUUUUGUGGAUUUCUAGCUAUAAAUAUUGGAAAAAAAGUCUCAUAGUGGGGUAUUAGAAAUGGCACAUGUUCAGUUUAUGGAAGAAUUGAUCCGGGAAUAUCUAGUGUUCAGGGGCUUCGCCAGUACCUUGAAGUCUUUAGAGGCUGAUCUAAAAACAGACAAGGAAAAAAGUUUUCGAGUAGACAAAAUAAUCGAGCAAAUAAUGCAUCUGGUUUCGAACUAUGAUCUCAAUGGAGUCAGAGAACUGUGGGCUCACUUUGAAAACCAUAUAUUUAAUAAAAUUGAAAGCCACUUCGCACCCAGUGUGAAAAAAUUAGAGAAUGCUGUCUUGAAAUUAUAUGUAAUUAAUGCUGUAUCAAAUAAUAAGCCAGAUAAAGUAAUUGACUUCUUUCUCAAAAUGACCCCAGAGCUACAAAGUCAGGCCGAGUGGAAAGAUUGGUUUGUGUUACCUUACAUAAAAAAUAUAGAAGAAAAUCCCACAUUUUCUUUUCACUGCACGAAACAGUGGCAAGAUAGCUUAUUGGUGUCACUGCACAAUUUUUUAGCAACAAUUUUUCAAUACAUGCCAACUCCAUCUUUAAUCCAUUUUGAAGAAGAUACUAAUAAAAUAUUGAAACUACAACAAAGAAAUGAAUCACUAAAAAAUAGAUUAGCUCUACUUAUAGAUCGUGGUACGGAGGCCAAUGUAGCUUCCUGCCAAGUAGAACCUCCUACACACUUACUGGACGACUUUUAUAUUAUUGCCCAAGAAAAUAAUAUAAUUGACGGACAAGGUAAAAGUUUAAAAAAUUUAAUUAGAAAUAUGGGGACUGGAAGUAGUCCUGUAAUGGGAAGAAAAGAAGGAGCAAGUGGUAUUAAAAAAAGAACAGUGUCUGUUACGAGAAAUAUCUAGGAGUAGCGUACCUACAUCUAAGUAUUUGGAAUCAAAAGUAGGAUGGUAACGUUUUGAAAUUGCAUUUUCCCAAAAUAUGAUUCAGAUUUACCCUGGCGAUAAAAGUAAACGAAUUAUGUGGUUUUUCUAAAUAUUUUCUAUUCACAGUUAGGCACUAGCCUCUUGAAAAUAAAUACAUUUGAUGUAUACCUACAUAAUAAUAAUAAUUUCAUAAAGCUGCAACAAU